AUGUCUGAACAGCAUUGUCCGGCGCCGCGCAAGCUGUUUAUACAGAUGUCAGGAGCGCCGGGGUCCGGGAAAAGCACGACUUCCAAGCUCGUGGGGAAAUCAAUUGACGGCGUCGUCAUCGACCACGACAUCCUCAAAUCGUCGCUCCUCGAAGACGGCAUCCUCUCCUUCGACCAAGCCGCAAAAGCCGCCUACCGUAUCGACUGGGCCCUCGCAGACACACUCAUGGAGCAAGGGCGGAGCGUUGUGCUCGACUGUCCGUGCAACUACCAAACCGUCAUCGACAGCGGAACAGCCCUUGCUCGCAAACACGGCUUCACCUACUGGUACGUCGAGUGCAAGGUCAACGAUAUUGAUCUUCUCAACGCGAGGUUGCAGCAGAGAGUCCCGAUGAGGAGCCAGCGGACCGAGGUCGAUUCGCUCCCGCCAGACGCUGCUGCCGGCACUCAGGACGCUCGUGAACUCUUCCGCAGGUGGAUCGACAGCCCCUACAGCCCCGUUGACAAUGUCAUUGUCGUCGAUUCAUCUGGCGUCUUAAGCCGCGAGCAGUGCCGAGAUGCGAUUCUCCGACACAUUCAAUUUGCCAGCGGCCAACAAGACCAGCAUACGAUGAAGACGCCCUUGAGACAGUUGGGGCUAGAGUGA